UUUUACUGGUACAUAGGGCAUGGAAUGGGUCGCUAAUAACAAUUAUACAUUUUAGUUUGAGUUAAACUAUGUAAAGUAAGGUGAUUGUAGCGUUAUUUGAAGUUUGAGUUUACAAAGCAUCAAACUAGGAAUACCUGUCAGGAAAAUCGAGGGGUUUAAAUAACACCGCAAAAUUGUGGGCCUGUCAGUGAUUUGUUUACGCAACGUAACGUUGAACGCCAGGCCUGCUGCUCGUAGUCAGACGAACCAGUGACCGCAGGGGACAGCAACAGUGUCAGAAUCUGUUUGCCACAGUCUCUGAACAUGGAGACCACGGGCCGUGCCACUGAGGACGACCCUCUCAAGAAUGAAGAAGAGGGGCUGGAAACACAAGCGGCACCAUUAGCAACAGAUCUGAACAAAAAGGCUGGAAAGGAAGGCUUUGGAUUUUCCAAACUGACCCACUGGAGAACGGCGGUGUUCUUUCUGUCCUUGUUCCUGUGUCUCAUUGUGGUGUUCGCCUUCUCCUUCAUCAUCCCCUGUCCCGUGAGACCUCAGUAUUUUGUUACCUGGAACAGGACCUUCUCUGAAGCUGCGACCUACGAUUUCCUCGCAGUCGAACAUGCGAGCACCGACAAGGUGAUGGAUGUCCUGUUUGUCCUCGAAAACGCAGUGGGCACCAACAACAAAUCAUGUGCUGACGCAGGUCUGCCUUCGCCAUGUGUGGUCAUGGUAGCGGUGGACGGCACAGAUGGAGAGACUCUGUGGGAGAGACCGCUGUACCCCAGGUUCAACUGGGCCCAGUGCGGCAUGGACAAGGAUAAAGGGAGAGCCUGGCACUGUCUGGUCUCCCACGCCGACAACAUCACAGCCAUUGACAAAUAUACAGGUGAUGUGAUCUGGCAGCAGCCGAAGCCUCCCGGUCAGCAGAGCUCUCUGCCGGUGCUCAGUGUCCCGGACCUGGAUGGGGACAAGGUGGUCGACGUGGUCCUGGUGGCAUCCGACAGCACACAGACUCAGCUGGUUUUGCUCUCUGGACGCACCGGGGUCCAGAUUGGUUCCACUGUGACUAUUGAGUCCAUGGAGGCAACCAGUCAUCUUCUCCAUCUCACUAAAGAUGGAUCUUACUACAUACUGCUGCAGAAAGACACCGGCGUGUAUGGAGUGGCCCUGCGGAACAUUGCUGCCCAGGCCCAGACGGGGGUGGACACUGACCUCCGGACCAAUGCAAACCUGGAGAAAAACGCCAGUUCUGAAACCGGCCUCAUCCCCAUCUAUGAGUCCGAGGCAGCCAGUGUGCUGAGAACUAAAGAAACGGACGAUUCAUCCGACCUGCUGGUUGUGACGGGGAAGGGGGUGGCGUUGGUCAGUGGAGAAAAGCUACAGCUUCGGUGGAGAGUCAACACCAGCUCAGUCCUUGGCCAGCCCUCCUUCGGUUAUUUUAACAAAGAUGAGGUUCUGGAUGUAGUGGUUGAGGAGCACAUAGGCAAUGAUACAAAGAAGAUAAUCAUCCUGGACGGGAUGUCUGGUGGAGUGUUAUGGGAAGUCAGUCUUAUCGCUGCUGCCAACUCACCAAGACCCGCCUCAGUGCACACCACCAACUCCUUUUCGGUCUUCAUGUUCUGGGGGUUGAGGCCCUCAGAAUCCAACUCAUCCGUGAGCACGGAGUCAUUAACUACUGACCGACGUGCGUACAUGCUGCAUCCCCUCUAUUCUGAAGUCCUCCUGGAGUCCCCCAAUGUGACGGACCAUAUAAUAACAUUCAGAGCCACACUCAUGGAGCGUGGACGCCAUGCUGCCUACCUCCUGCUGAUGGGUCCCAAAGAGGAGGGAGCUGAGGGCAUUGUGGUUCUCAGCAAGCGCAAGCUAAAGCAGGACGUCCCUCUUUGCAAAAUACUCCGUAUCGGCAGUGGUGGCGAUUCAAAAACCGAUGAGGACAUCAGAGAAGGCUUCAACCGACUCCGCUUCAGCGACUAAGGGGCUCUGUAAAAGAUGCAGUUUUGUUUUCCGUUUCUUUUUUUCCAACCUACCUUGAUUUUAAAACCAAAGUACUAGUUUCAAACUUCCAACUGCUCAUCACCAAAGAAAGACCUUCAUAUCUGGAGGUCCUUUGUUCUUCCCUUUAUGACAGGCCAAAGCGGGCUAAUCCCCAUUUUAGACUGUAAAUGCUGUCUGAUGUUUAAGAAGCUGCUGUUCGCUGUCAAUCACUCCGCACAAAUUGCCGUUCUCCUGCUGAAAAACCCAUAAAACCUGCCGUGCUGUUUAAUCAUCUGCACUUUUGUGUAUCGCUGGAUUAUUAUUUGGAUCUAUGCAAAAACUGCGCCACUCAGUGCUUUAAAGGUGGCAAUCACAUGUUACAUGAAAGCUAGUCUAGCUGGAGGACAGUAGCUAAAACUGAUACUAAACAGGGCUGGACACACUGCCAUUUCAUUUAGAUCAGUUGGCGCAUUUUGACUGGGAUUCUACAUAUAAAAACUUAACACUAAAGCAGAACCACACAGCAUAAGGGUUUAUGCUAAAAGUGAAAUGUGUGAAUGUGAAUAUGUCAGUGUUUAGAAGUCGGUGAUACUGUCGUCAACAUUUAAGGCAAAUGUUACAAAUGUUGGGUACUUCCUUAUUCCAAAAUGCUGAAAGUGGUGCAGCCAGUUUCUAGGAGAUGGGUUGCGCUUAGCCAAAGAGUUAAAAGAAAUUAAACAUAUUAUGGAAGAAUGUUUAUUGGAAAAUAGUUCUAUGGCUAAACUUAAUCUAUGUCUGGGAGAAUGAGUCUUUCGAGUGUGCCUUCUCUCUAUGCUGAGUCUCAAAGGUUUUUAAGUUCUUGCUGCUGGUUUUGCAGCUUCUUGAAAAGCUGUUUUCUCCACUUAUUUAUAAUAAGUAAAUGAGUGAAAUAAUCUUUUAGAGUUUUCCUUGCUGAACAUAAUAUAUUGGUCCCGUGGAGCAGGCCUUUAUUGGAGUGGACUUUAUUUUUGACAUGAUGAAAUGUUUGAAUUGAAAGAAUAAACCUUUUUGAUAUGACGACU